AUGGGUUAUUCAUUCAUUCAGAGCACGAUGAGGUAUACUAAUUCUAAUUAGAUUAACAACCCCGUGUUGUUUCUAUGUCGUGAAUUGUCCGCGGCGGAAAUGGUUACUGAUCAAUACAUACAGACUCCUAUUGUUUAUAUAAUUAAUAACACACUGACAGUUCAGCCUUCUUCCCCUCUUUUAAAAAUUUGAAGAAUUUUUUAGAUGGAAUUUUGAAGUAGAAGAAUUUUAUUCAGACAUGGAGAUUUUAAUACAGCUGUAUAUUAGUUAUUAUUUAUUUUCGGUAUUAACAUUACGAGUGUACUCUAAUUGCGUUCAAGAAUAUUUACCUCAUGGGACAGCGACAUUAAAAAGCCAGCCCUAUAAUUCUAUACAGUAUGAGUGUGACGAAGGAUUUGAUCUGUUUGGUUCAAAUGAAGCCUAUUGUUUUGCUGACACAUGGACAACACCCAUUCCCAUAUGUCAUGCCAAAGGAUGCAACCAAAACGAUUUCACAUCUGUAGAAAAUGGAGAAAUCGAUGUACUGUCUGAAUCCUCUCUUAUACUUGUGACAUGUGAUCCUGGGUAUAUAAUGGAUGGUGAGAGUACGAUCAGCUGUGACGGACAACACUGGUCUGAACCACUCCCAAACUGCCACUCUGCUGUUGAUAUUGCUAGUUGUAAUUUUGAACAACAUUCUUUAUGUGGGUGGACACAGGACAUAGGUCAUCAAUCUGAUUGGCUGAUUAACAUUAGAGAAACAGAUACUAAAAGAACUGGUCCGAAGUUUGACCACACGUUUGGUCCGGAUAACAAUAACGGUCAUUACAUCUAUAUGGAAUCGUCCACACCUAGUCGACAUGGACACUACAGUAGAUUGUUAUCGCCCGUCUAUCCAUGGUAUAAAAGUCGUCGAUGUUUUCAGCUCUGGUAUCACAUGCUAGGACCAGAAGAAGAUGGAUAUAUGGGUAACCUAGAGAUCCUUCUACGAAUACCAUCAGGACAGGAUCACGUGGAAAGUCAACUCUUUCUCAUUGGUGGUAACCAAGGAAACAAGUGGCUCAAAGCCGACGUGUUUAUUGAAAGACAAAUAGGAGAUUUUCAAAUUGUUGUACAAGCCAUUAGAGGACGUAGUCAUACAGCUGACAUAGCUGUCGAUGAUUUCAGGUUUUACAGAUGUACAAAUGAAACAGAUCUUGAGAGUGAAGUCGACCAAGUAACAGCAACUUUAUCUCAAGAAAACAAUACCGUAACAGAUAAAGCCAUGAACAACAGUUCUUCAAAAGAUAUCAUGUUUAACGAUGCCAUUAAAGUUAGCGUAGAUAAUGGUAGUGAAAUUACCAGACUGAGUGACGACAAGGUUCAUACUCAUAAUAUAUCUGAUACGAAAAUACCUUCAAAUAAAGAAGCUAAACCAGAGCCGCACAUGUUGAAUAUUGUGAAAACAAUUGUUCCAAUAGGAAACACCAUCCCUACAUCGACACGUGACAGCCCUGUGCAUACCAAAGGUUCAUUGACUACAGUUGAUGCAAUCCCGUUACCCGCAAGUUCAGAAUUCUUGGUAAUGAUACCCAAGCAUGAAGGCGUUGAGUUAUCAUCUCACAUAAAACCAUUCACAGAAAAUAUUGAAAAAUCAACGGAAAGUUUUGUUAUAUAUCCAGCAGACGAGGGAAAUUCGUUUGAAAAUGUGGUUGUCACUAAACGAAAUCUUAUUUCUCCUCUUAAAAAAUCUGUUUUCACAACGUCUUCCUCUCUGCAGGCUGGAACUAAUCAAACACUAUUAUUUAGACCUGAAUUUAUAGCAGGUAUCGCAGGGGUAGGUCUGAUUGUAACCCUAGGCGUUGUACUUAUUUCCAUUCUUAUUUACAAGAGGAGGAACAUUUGGGGACGAAAAUCCUCUGAUGAUCAAGGUCAAGUACUUUACACAAAGAAUGUUCAACAAAAUGUGUAAUCGUUCGGCAACAUUCGUCACAACUCGGCUGAUUCCGUACUUCAUCUUCCAAGGGUAGCGAAUUCAGCCGAGGAUUUCCGAUUGCGUCGACAAUUUCCAUUAAUCAAAACAUUCCAUAUAAAGUUGUGAUUUAUGCAUAUGAAAAUACUGGACACCUGCAACUUAAAUUGGAUUUUAUUUCCGUAAGCCAAACGCUGUCACUGAAUUAAAUUCAUAUCAAGAAUGGUUUUAAUUUUUUUUUAAAUUCUAAUAUGACUAUUGCCAAGAGUUAAUGUACAUUUAUUUCGUUUGAUAGUUAUUUUUUGUUGUUGAUUUUAUACUUUUAUAAACAUAAAACGAAA